GCCUAAAAUAGCAAUGAUUUAACAAAAACCCCAAAUGAACUUGAACCACAUCCUGGGUUUAACAAAUCUAUUCAAAUAUGCAGUAGGCUAUCUCCAGUUGAAAUGAUCUGAGCAGUUCAUAUAUUCAUUACACAAACACAAUCCUUUUCUUCUGAAUUAAUGCGUGAAACGUUCUUGGACUAUGUGUGUAAAGGUAGUUAAUUUUGGUGGCAGGUAAUAUUUUUUCUUCAUUUAAGCCUUGCAGUUCUCUCAUGCUGUGACCCAAGGUUGACAGUAACAGUUGAAACUAGACACCAGCUCCACCUUCGAGCUCAUAUUAUCAUAUUCGCUUGAACGUACUGUACCCUCAUCUGUUACAACACAUUUUUCGAACUUGUGACUGUCCCACUGGUAAAGUGGAAUAAUGGUAAUUCGCAUCUGAACCGAAGAAAUGACCGCACAAUGGUACAAGCAAUUAAAUGUCCAGUGUAUGCAGGGCAACAUGAAUCUGGAGGACUACUUUGAGAGGAUUGGUUUCAAUGGUCCUUCUGACAAAGCAGAUCUGGAAACCCUAAAAAAUGUCCACAGGCAACAUGUCCUCUCAAUCCCAUUUGAAAACCUCAGCAUUCACUGUGGAGAGCGGAUUACCAUGGACCUGGAGUCCGUCUACACCAAGAUUGUGAAGAAUAAUCGAGGGGGUUGGUGCUGUGAAAACAACCAGCUCUUUGCCUGGGUACUGAAAGAGAUGGGCUACACCUACACGACACUGGGUUCAAGAGUGUUCAACGGUUUAAAAAAUGAAUUUAGCCCAUUGGAUUCUCAUCUCAUCAACAAGGUCCUAAUCGAUGGAAAUUCAUACAUAGCAGACGUGAGCUUUGGGGUGUCUUUUCAAAUACGCCACCCUCUUGAACUUGUCUCAGGAAAAGAUCAACCACAGCUCGCUGGUGUCUUCCGCCUUGUGGAGAAUAGUGGUGUGUGGGUCUUGGAGAAAACGGGAAGAAAGCCCUUUAUCCCUAAUGAGAGAUUUGCCAAUUCAAGUCUUAUAAACAAAAGCUUAACUAGGCAAAUAUACUCCUUCACUCUAACACCACGGGGCACUGACCACUUCCAGGAAACCACUCAAUUCCUUCAGACCUCACCAGAGUCUCUAUUCACAAACAAAACAAUCUGCUCCUUGCAGACACCCACUGGAUUUAAGGCACUCGUUGGCUGGACAUAUAGUGAGGUCACCUACAACUACCAGGAUGGGGUUGAUCUGCUUGAUAUGAAGGAUAUAGCUGAUGAUGAAAUAGAAAAAGUAUUAAAGGAAGAAUUUUCCCUGACAUUAAAGAGUAAACAUACUCCCAAAAACAUGAAAGGCUGCUACACACUUUAGCCCAAAUCACCACAUCAGGUUGCAGCGAAAUUUGCUCAUACUCUUACAUUAUGACUCUUAUUUUAAUGCAAGACUAACCGUCCACAUACACAGCGCAUUGUAUGAGAUGUACUAAGAAAGCCUCCGUUGUCAUUUGUGGACAGGGGCACAAGCUACAUUGUACCAAGGAAAGGACAUGAAGGGGUGAGGGUGGGCAUGGAGUGGUUUAGAAUGGGUUUAUAAUUUCUAAUAUAUUCAUAGGUCAUAAUCUCCUGGCAUUAAUUAAUUCACUAUACUUCAUAUAGUUCAUUUUAAGAUGGAUCAGUAUCAACAUAUAUAUUGUGAUUUACUAAGCCUUUACUUAUUUACAAAUGUAAUGCAUAUGUGCCUUAAUCAAACAAUAAAUGGUCAGUUUUGUUUCAAA